AUGAAUAUUUAAUAAUUGAUUGACUUGUUUACUCAGAGAUAUAAUGGACUUCAGCCACAGUUUUUAGUUAAAGCCCCUGGAAGAGUUAAUUUAAUUGGUGAGCACAUCGAUUAUAUGGGGUAUGGAGUAUUACCAUUCGCUUUAGAACAAUCUUGUUUUAUGCUAUUUGCUAUAGAUGGAAACGACAUACAGAUUUAGCAUGCUGAUGACCAAUAGUUUAAACAAUUCAAUCUUUCUGUGAAUCCCAAGGAACAAUACAAUGAAAUCUAAAAUUAUGUUAAAUAUGUACUUGCAGGAUAUAGGGCAGGGAUUUAAUAUGGUAAUGCAAAUUAAGGAAUCAAGAUGUUGAUUAGUGGUAACGUCCCAUUUUCUUCAGGAUUAUCUUCAUCAUCAUCUUUGGUAGUGGCAUCCUCUUUAAUGAGUUUAUAAGUUAGCGGAAAAACCUAAUAAGAUAUUGAUAGACAAUAGUUUGUUGAUUAAAUUAUUAAAUUUGAAAGAGAAGCAGGCACAGCUUGUGGAGGGAUGGAUUAGACCAUAUCAGUUUUUGGACAAGAAGGCUCUGCGUUAUAUAUUGAAUUUGACCCAUUAAGAUUAACUUAAGUCAACUUACCAAAAGGGUAUUCAUUCAUCAUUGCAAAUUCAUUGACAGAAUCAACUAAGCUAGAAACACUUGGAAAACAUUACAAUAAACGAGUAGUUGAAUGUAGAAUCGGAAUCAAAUUAAUAGAAUUAACUUUAAAUCUUGGGACGAAUUUCAAAACGAUGAAAUAAUUAUAGGAUUAUUUACAAUUAUCACUUGAAUCCAUGGAAGAGCUUUGUAAAUUUAUUCCAAAAGGAGAAAUAGAUCUAGAAUAAUUGGAAUAUUUGCAUUUGCCUGUGCUUUUAGCUGAUAUCCCUUACUUUGAAUUAGUAUUAAAUUAGAAUAAAAGUGUAAAUCCUUACAAUAGAUUGGUUCAUGUGGUAAAGGAAGCUUAAAGAGUUAUUAAAUUCAAAAAUAUAUGUGACUCUAAAAUAUCAGAUGAUGCUAAGGCAAUAUUAUUAGGUUAGCUGAUGAAUCAAAGUUAAAAAUCUUGCAAAGAUUUAUAUGAGUGUUCGUCUGAAAACAUUGAUACAUUAACAAGUUUGUGUAUUAAGAAUGGAGCUUUGGGAAGUAGACUAACUGGAGCAGGAUGGGGAGGCUGCACAGUUAGUUUAGUCAAAGAGGCAGACGCUAAGAAUUUCAAAAACAAAAUAAUUGAGUUCUUCUAUAAUCACAUUGAAAACUAAGAUCAUAUUUUUUCAACCUAACCAUCUUAAGGUGCUUCCAUCAUAAAACUAUGAUUGUAAUUAUUCAAAGGAUUUAUAUUAUUUGGUUUUAAUUUUGAAUUUGAAA